GCGCCGCCGCAGAGGUCACGCGUGCCGAUAGUGUUGAUGCGAACAAUUUACUGAUAAAUCAUGGAUAAAAAGCCACAAUGUAACAAGGAGUCACUCAAACUUUUUGAAGAUGCUUCAUCCCGGGAAGCGACGCCAGAUCCUUUCAGCGACGAUGGAGAAUACGGAAGUGACCAGGAUUAUGAUCCAGGGCUGGAGGCAUCUUGUGACAGCGACAGCUCAGUGAGUUACACACGGCCUUCUUGUUCCAAACCAACGACGUCUAAGGUUGAAACCUCGGCGUCAGAUAAAUCUAGUUCUGAGAAUUCUGUAUGUUCUGCAAGUUCUGGAAGUAUUUUUGACUUUCGUAACCGUUGUAAAAGGCAGAAAAUUCUAACAAAUAGUAUACACUCGGAUGAGGCGAAUGAAUUUCUGCCGGGUGAGUUGGAACAUAAUCUACCUCCAGCAUCCACGUCGCCUUUUGAAAUCGGGGAUAUCGCAACACCUCCUGUUUCCCCAGAAGCACCAGAGAGGGAUGAUUAUCCAGCUCCUUUUCCAUCGCCGCCUAUUCGUGAAUCGCCGCCGCUUGCAGAAAGGGAUAACAAUCCGACACCUCCCAUUAUAUCGCAAGCCGCAGAGAGAUAUGGUUACCCAGCUCCUGUCCCAUCGCCGCAUAUUCCUGAAAUGGAAGAAAACGUAGCUUCUUCCACGACAUCGCAACCUACUUCGCCACUGCCUGCAUAUAAUGAUGUGCAACGCACAAGUCCUCCAGAUGUUGAUUGGCAAAACUCAACAACAGAUAUUCCGACGUUUGACUUCGACAAUAUUUCUGAAGGUAUUCAGUUUGAACUCGGUUCAAAUAUUUCGGUCGUAGACGUCUUCAAUAAGAUGUUUCCCUCAAAUAUUGUAGACUACGUAGUUACUUCUACAAAUGCGUAUGGUAGAAAACUGUGUUUCACAAACAGACCGACGACUAGGAAUUCACGCAGGUACCGUUACAAAAACACAAACCGUGAAGAAAUUUUAAAAUUUUUUGGCUUGUGUUUAUUAAUGGGACAAGUGACUGUUCCCAAAAAGAAAAAACUCUUUACGUACAAUGAUCCGCUGUACUAUCAUCCGAUUUUUCAUUACACUAUGUCUGCGCGAAGAUUCGAACAAAUAUUAAGAUGCUUAUGCGUUUCUGAAGGCGAUGCUAAAGGCAAAGACAAAAUUAUUAAAUUCAUUGAUGCUGUAACCAACAACUUUCGUGAAUGCUACAGUCCUGGAAGGGAACUGUCUUUGGAUGAAUCAAUGCUGUUGUUCAGAGGUCGUUUGUCUUUUAGACAAUAUAUUAAAUCUAAAAAAGCGAAAUAUGGUAUAAAAUUUUAUGAAUUAACUACAGCUGACGGAUACGUUCUGAAUAUAAUUAUGUACGCCGGGAAAAAUGAUGAGGAUGAAAACGUUAGAGGAAAAAAGACUGAACAACUUGUGAUGCGACUGAUGAGACCUUAUUUAUUGAAGGGGCAUUGGCUGUUCAUGGACAAUUACUAUAAUUCAGUUACACUAUCUCAAAAACUAUUGGACUUAAAAACGCAUACAACAGGAACUCUGAGGAGUAACAGAAAAGACAACCCGAAAGAGUUGAUAAUGAAGAAAUUAAAGAAGAAUGAUCAUUUUUGGCUUCGUAAAAAUAAAGUGACAUGUGGAAAGGAUGGGCGAGGAUCUAGCUGCCAAAAUAGCGCACUUGGAGCAACCUACGGAUCAAAGUCCUGUGGGCCGUCCAAGAUAUCGCUGAAGGAUGAAAUCGCCAAAGACCUAAAGGAACUGAAUGUGUACGAAUGGUCGGAAUUGGCACAAGACCGACAGAAAUGGCGUACAGUGGUGUAUAUAUGUACAGUGGCCAAGGUCCACUUCGGAAGGUCGCUAAGCCAGCGAAGCCUUCAGUACGAGGAAAAAGUAACCUUAACACGCGCUGAGAGAGGUGAAAAUAACGUUGCCCUCCGGGUGCAGUCAUGA